AUGGCGACGACUAACGGUCACGGGCCCGUCAACGGCGCGCAGGCCAACGGCAAGGCGUCGUACGCCGAGAAGCACCACAUCGCCGACCACUUCAUCGGCGGCAACAAGCUGGAAAAUGCCCCGCCGUCGAAUGUGAAGGACUUUGUGGCCGCCCACGACGGUCACACCGUCAUCAGCAACGUUCUGAUUGCCAACAACGGUAUCGCUGCCGUCAAGGAGAUCCGAUCGGUACGGAAAUGGGCCUACGAGACGUUUGGCGACGAGAAGGCCAUCAAGUUCACCGUCAUGGCCACCCCCGAAGAUCUGGCAGCCAACGCCGACUACAUCAGAAUGGCAGACCACUACGUGGAAGUGCCCGGUGGCACGAAUAACAACAACUACGCCAACGUGGAGUUGAUUGUCGAUAUUGCCGAGCGUAUGAAUGUCCACGCCGUGUGGGCAGGAUGGGGUCACGCCUCAGAAAACCCAAAGCUUCCCGAAUCCCUGGCCGCCUCGCCAAAGAAGAUUGUCUUCAUCGGACCCCCCGGCUCUGCCAUGCGCUCGCUGGGUGACAAGAUCUCCUCCACCAUUGUGGCCCAACACGCACAAGUGCCUUGCAUCCCCUGGUCGGGUACCGGCGUUGACCAGGUCGAGAUCGACGAUAAGGGCAUUGUCACGGUAGCAGACGAUAUCUACAUGAAGGGCUGCGUCAGCUCGUGGGAAGAGGGCCUGCAAAAGGCCAAGGACAUCGGCUUCCCAGUCAUGAUCAAGGCCUCCGAGGGUGGUGGUGGCAAGGGUAUCCGAAAGGCCACGUCCGAGGAAGGAUUCGAGCAGCUGUACAAGGCCGCAGCCAGCGAGAUUCCUGGCUCUCCCAUCUUCAUCAUGAAGCUCGCAGGAAACGCCAGGCAUUUGGAGGUCCAACUGCUCGCUGAUCAGUACGGCAACAACAUUUCGCUGUUUGGCAGAGAUUGUUCCGUCCAGCGAAGACACCAAAAGAUUAUCGAGGAGGCUCCCGUCACCAUCGCCAAGCCACCGACCUUCAAGGGCAUGGAGGAUGCUGCCGUCCGUCUGGGUCGCUUGGUCGGUUACGUCUCAGCCGGAACCGUCGAAUACCUGUACUCGCACGCCGAUGACGAGUUCUACUUCCUGGAGCUGAACCCCCGUCUGCAGGUCGAGCAUCCCACUACGGAGAUGGUCAGUGGUGUCAACCUGCCGGUAGCCCAGCUCCAGAUUGCCAUGGGUAUUCCUCUGCACAGAAUUCGAGACAUCCGUCUACUGUACGGCGUCGACCCCAAGGCCGCCACCGAGAUCGAUUUCGAGUUCAAGACCCCCCAGAGCGAGAAGACGCAACGCCGCCCCACCGCCAGGGGUCACUGCACGGCCUGCCGUAUUACCUCCGAGGACCCCGGCGAGGGUUUCAAGCCAUCCAACGGUGUGCUGAGAGACCUCAACUUCAGAUCUAGCGCCAACGUUUGGGGUUACUUCUCCGUCAGUACCGCCUCCAGUAUUCACAGUUUCUCCGAUUCGCAGUUUGGCCACAUCUUCGCCUACGGUGAGAACCGAGCUGCCUCCCGGAAGCACAUGGUCGUUGCCCUGAAGGAGCUGAGCAUUCGUGGUGACUUCAAGACCACGGUCGAGUACCUGAUCAAGCUGCUUGAGACCGAGGCCUUUGAGGACAACACCAUCACCACUGGCUGGCUGGAUGAGCUCAUCACCACCAAGCUGACUGCUGAGCGACCGGACCCCAUACUCGCAGUCAUUUGCGGUGCCGCUACCAAGGCUCACGUGGCCAGCGAGGAGUGCAUUGCCGAGUACCGCGCUGGCCUCCUGAGGGGCCAGGUUCCUUCCAAGGACAUCCUUAAGACGGUGUUUGGCAUUGACUUCAUCUAUGAGGGCUCGCGAUACAAGUUUACGGCUACCCGAGCUAGCUUCGACAGCUACCACCUCUUCAUCAACGGCUCCAGAUGCUCUGUCGGUGUCCGUGCCCUCAGUGACGGUGGUUUGCUGGUGCUUGUUGAUGGCCGCAGUCACAGCGUGUACUGGAAGGAGGAAGUCGGUGCUACUCGCGUAUCCGUUGACAGCAAGACUGCCUUGCUGGAGCAGGAGAAUGACCCUACUCAGCUCCGUACCCCCUCUCCUGGCAAGCUUGUCAAGUACACUGUUGAGAACGGCGAGCACGUCAAGGCCGGUCAAACCUUCGCCGAGGUUGAGGUCAUGAAGAUGUUCAUGCCCCUUGUCGCUCAAGAGGAUGGUAUCGUGCAGCUUAUCAAGCAACCUGGUAUCACGAUCGAGGCGGGCGACAUCCUGGGCAUACUCGCACUGGAUGACCCCACGCGCGUGAAGCAGGCUACACCCUUCCUUGGUCACCUUCCUGACCUUGGCCCGCCUCAGGUCAUCGGUAACAAGCCUGCUCAGAGGUUCGCUGCGCUGUACAACACUUUGAUGAACAUUCUUGGCGGUUUCGACAACUCGGCCAUCUUGAAGGAGACCCUUGACGAAACCAUCAAGGUUCUCCGUGACCCUGAGCUUCCGUUCAGUGAAUGGAACUCGCAGCACUCUGCCCUGCACUCUCGUAUGCCCGGAAAGCUGGAUGCUCUCCUGACUCAAGUCAUCGAGAAGGCAAAGUCGAGAAACGCCGAGUUCCCUGCCAAGACUCUCGGAAAGACUCUUGCCAAGUACUUGGACGAGAACCUGCCGGCGAAUGAUGCGGAUGUGUUGAGAGCCAGCUUGACUCCGCUGACUGCUGUCCUCGACGUUUAUGCCGAGGGUCAGAAGGCUCGUGAGCUCAAGGCUAUCUCUUCGCUGCUCGACACGUACGUUGAUGUCGAGAAGCUGUUCUCGGGGCGUCGUUCCCAAGAUGAGGAGGUUAUCCUCAUGCUGCGUGAUGCAAACAAGGACGACUACAUGAAGGUUAUUCAGCCAGUCCUCUCCCACAGUCGUGUGGGCUCCAAGAGCAACCUCAUUGUGGCUAUUCUCGAGAAGUACCGCCCCAACCAGCCUGCUGUUGGCAACAUCAACAAGUACUUGCGACCAUCGCUCCGCAAGCUUACUGAGCUCGAGUCUCGUCUGACCGCCAAGGUUUCCUUGAAGGCUAGAGAGAUCCUUAUCCAGUGCUCCCUUCCGUCCUUGGAAGAGCGCGCUGAGCAGAUGGCUCAUAUUCUUCGUUCGUCUGUCAUCGAGACCAAGUACGGCGAGUCAGGAUGGGAGCACAGAGAGCCAAACCUUGACAUUAUCCGCGAGGUUGUCGACUCCAAGUACACCGUCUUUGAUGUCCUGUGCAAAUUCUUCGCCCACGAGGACCAGUGGGUCGCCUUGGCUGCAUUGGAGGUUUACAUCCGCCGAGCGUACCGUGCAUACAAUCUUAAGCAGAUUCACUACGAGUCUGAUGAGACUGAUGCUCCUGCUUGCAUCACUUGGGACUUUGCUUUCAAGAAGAUUGGCCAGUCUGAGUUCGGCAUCCCUGGCACCUCUGUCCCCGGCACUCCAACCCACGAGUAUGGCUUCAAGCGCAUCAGCUCCGUCAGCGACAUGUCGUACCUCGACCGCCACGCCAACGAGGAGCCUACUCGCCAAGGUGUCAUCUCUGCUUGCAAGUACAUCGAUGAAGCCGAGGAGUACCUGCAGAAGGCUCUUGAAUCGCUUCCCAAGAAGAAGAAUGGCUCCAAACUUAUCCCUGACCUGAGCGGCAAGCGCAAGCCUAUCCGAUCCGAGACCCUGGAUGAGCUCUCCAAUGUAGUAAAUAUUGCUGUUGCCGAUUCUGAGUCCAUUGAUGACAAGGAUAUCCUGGCCCGCCUCCGUACGCUGAUUGACGGAUGCAAAGAUGAGCUACUGGCCCGGAGAGUCCGCCGUGUCACAUUCAUUUGUGGUCACAAUGACGGCUCCUACCCCGGUUACUACACCUUCCGUGGACCCGAGUACCAGGAAGACGAUAGCAUUCGUCACCAGGAGCCUGCCCUCGCUUACCAACUGGAGCUGGGUCGUCUUUCCAAGUUCAAGGUCUCGCCUGUAUUCACGGAGAACAAGAACAUUCACGUGUACGAAGCCGUGGGCAAGGGCGUUGAGACCGAUAAGCGGUACUUCACCCGUGCAGUCAUUCGGCCGGGUCGUCUCCGAGAUGAGAUCCCUACUGCUGAGUAUCUCACUUCGGAAGCUGAUCGCGUCGUCAACGACAUCUUUGAUGCACUUGAGAUCAUCGGCAACAACAACUCGGAUCUGAACCAUCUGUUCCUCAACUUUAGCCCUGUAUUCCAGCUCCGCCCUGAGGAAGUUGAGCACUCACUCCAGGGUUUCCUAGAUCGCUUCGGACCCCGUGCUUGGCGCCUUCGUGUUGCCCAGGUUGAGAUCCGUAUCGUCUGUACUGAUCCUUCCACCGGCAUGCCAUACCCUCUCCGUGUCCUCAUUACCAACACCUCUGGUUAUGUCGUCCAGGUUGAGAUUUACGCUGAGCGCAAGUCGGAGAAGGGAGGAAUGGUCUUCCACUCAAUUGGAGGUACCACUAAGAUUGGCGCCAUGCAUUUGUUGCCCAUUACUACUCCCUACCCGACCAAGAAUGCCCUCCAGCCCAAGCGAUACAAGGCGCACUUGAUGGGUACGCAAUAUGUCUAUGAUUUCCCCGAGCUCUUCCGCCAAGCCAUACAGUACAGCUGGGUCAAGGCCGUAAAGGCUCAGCCUUCCCUCGCCGAGAAGCAACCUGCCCAGGGUGAAUGUAUCGACUUCAACGAGCUGGUUCUUGACGACUCUGACAAGCUUACCGAGGUUUCUCGCGAGCCUGGUACAAAUGCCUGCGGUAUGGUCGGAUGGAUGAUCAACGCCCGCACUCCCGAAUACCCCCGUGGACGGAAGUUUAUCAUUGUUGCCAACGACAUUACCUACAAGAUCGGAAGUUUCGGGCCCAAGGAGGACCACUUCUUCAACAAGUGUACCGAGAUGGCUCGUGCUCUUGGUAUUCCCCGCAUCUAUCUUUCGGCCAACUCCGGUGCUCGUCUUGGUGUUGCUGAGGAACUCAUCCCUCACUUCAAGGUCGCAUGGAACGACCCCGCUAAGCAGGAAGCCGGCUUCAAGUACCUCUACCUUGACGAGGAGGAUAAGAAGCGAUUUGAGGAUGGUCCUAGCCGCGAUGUCAUAACCGAGGAAAUCGUUGAGGAUGGCGAAAAGCGACACAAGAUCACUGCCAUCAUUGGUGCCGAGGAUGGUCUUGGUGUUGAGUGUCUGCGUGGAUCUGGUCUCAUUGCUGGUGCCACCAGCCGGGCCUACAACGAUAUCUUCACCGUCACUCUCGUCACCUGUCGUUCCAUUGGUAUCGGUGCCUACCUUGUCCGUCUUGGCCAGCGCGCUGUCCAAAUCGAGGGUCAACCUAUUAUCCUCACCGGUGCCGGAGCUCUCAACAACCUCCUGGGUCGUGAGGUCUACACCUCCAACUUGCAGCUCGGUGGCACCCAGAUCAUGUACCGAAACGGUGUUUCUCACAUGACUGCCAACGAUGAUUUCGCCGGUGUCUCCAAGAUCGUUGAGUGGUUGUCCUUUGUACCUGCUCAGCGCAACCUGCCUGUACCGAUCGCCCCUAGCAUCGACACUUGGGACCGUGAAUGUAUCUUCGCACCUCAGGGUAAAGCUCCUUACGAUGUCAGGUGGCUCAUCGGCGGUAAGCAGGACGAGGAAGGCUUCCAGCCUGGCCUCUUCGACAAGGACUCUUUCGUCGAGACACUCGGUGGCUGGGCCCGUACCGUCGUUGUUGGCCGUGCUCGUCUUGGCGGUAUCCCUAUGGGUGUCAUUGCUGUCGAGACACGCACUGUCGAGAACGUUACCCCUGCUGACCCGGCCAACCCCGACUCCGUAGAGCAAGUUGCUCAGGAGGCUGGUGGUGUCUGGUACCCCAACUCAGCUUUCAAGACAGCACAGGCCAUCAAUGACUUCAACUACGGUGAGCAGCUUCCUCUGAUGAUCCUCGCCAACUGGAGAGGUUUCUCCGGUGGCCAGCGCGACAUGUACAACGAGGUCUUGAAGUACGGUUCCUACAUUGUCGAUGCGCUCGUGAAGUUCGAGCAGCCCAUCUUCGUUUACAUCCCGCCCUUCGGUGAGCUCCGUGGUGGUUCUUGGGUCGUCGUUGACCCCACCAUCAACCCUACCGCCAUGGAGAUGUACGCUGAUGUUGAGGCUCGUGCCGGUGUCUUGGAGCCCGAGGGUAUCAUUGGUAUCAAGUACCGCAAGGAGAAGCAGCUUGAGACCAUGGCCCGCAUGGACCCAACUUACGGAGCCCUGCGCAAGCAAGCCGCCAACCCUGACCUGUCUAAGGAGGAGCUUGACGAGAUCAAGACCAAGAUGACUACCCGUGAGAAGCAGUUGCUGCCUAUCUACGCACAGAUCAGCAUCCAAUUCGCCGAUCUCCACGACCGAUCUGGUCGCAUGAAGGCCAAGGGAACUAUCCGACAGGAGAUCGAGUGGAAGAACGCUCGCCGCUUCUUUUACUGGCGUGUGCGCAGAAGACUCAACGAGGAUUACAUCCUCAAGCGCAUGGCUGCUGCUACGGCCACCUCCAAGAGCCAGCCAGCCAGCGGGUCGACUGCGGCCGUCCAGGAGCGCGCCCGACUCCAGCAGAUGCUUGCAGCAUGGACCGGCAUCGCCGACUUCGACCGCAACGACAAGGCUGUUGCCACCUGGUUCGAGGAGCAGGCCGAGACCGUUACCAACAAGGUGAGGCAGCUCAAGGGCGAGGCCUCUGCUGGCGAGCUGGCGGACAUCUUCCGCGACGACAAGGCUGCUGCGCUGAAGGGCCUCAAAGAUAUCCUGCACACCAUGCCUGUUGCAGAGCGGGAGCAGAUCCUGAAGUACCUCAAGUAG